GAAAGAAGGUCAUAGACGGUUGAUGUAUGUGUGAAAUAAAAGGAGAUUCUCAUUACAGUAAUAUAUUAUCAAGGCAUAUAUUAUUGCGGUUCCACCCGUUCAAAUAUAUAACAAUUGGCGACGAGUGAUAUUGGAAAAAAGAAAUAAAUAAAUAAAAAUCUUAUUUUUUUUUCUUACACAGACAUUGCUGUAACAUAACCAAACAUGUCGUCCGAGAAAAUACUUCAGGCAAUAACUGCGUUGCUGACUAAACAAGAUGAACGUCUCUUGCGUUUGGAACAAUCAAUUCAAUCCAAUCCAUCAACUACACGGUCAGCAGCGAAUAACGAACUCGUAAUUGAAGCAUUAGCCAACAGUAUCCAGGAAUUCAGUUAUGACCCUGAAAAUGGUCUAACCUUCGAUAAAUGGUACAACAGGUACGAGGACGCAUUCAUAGCAGCACGUGCCCAGAUGGACGAACAAGCACAAAUACGAUUGCUGUUACGUAAAUUGGAUCAAAAAUCGCACACGCAAGCAGCCAAGGAUUUUGAAAUAAGGGCGAGGUUGUUACGUAAAUUAGAAGCGCAUUCUGCUGAAAAUCCAGUCACACUUCACGAUCUAGUAAAUGAAUGCCAGCGAAUCGUGUCACUCAAGUUAGAUUCAGCAUUAGUAGAAAAACCAGUGCAGCCUAAUGUAAACAAGAUCGAACGUAAAAAGCAAACCUUUUUCAGGAAUGUCAAAGACAAACCGCAACCCAAAGCAUCAGAUACACUAAAAUAUCCAUGCUGGAAUUGUGGAGGUAUGCAUUACGCUCAAUAUUGCGACUAUCUCAAGCAUGAAUGCAAGGAUUGCAAGAAGAUAGAGCACAAGGAAGGGUAUUGCGCUAGCGCCCGCAAAUCAAAACCUAACAAUAAAGCAGAGAGGAAACCUGACAAGAAAGCAGACGAUAAAUAUAAAUCUACAGCAAAAUCUAAUGUUGUCAUUUCCGUAAAUCAAAUUCAAUUCCAAAGCAAGUGGAAAUUCGUCACAAUUCAAAUUAACGCGCAAGACGUUAAACUUCAAAUUGAUACAGCUUCGGAUAUAACACUUAUUUCACAGGAGACUUGACAACUUCUAGGGA